AUGCUGCGCGAGCGAGAGAAGCACGGACUGCCACCUCCUCUCGCACGCGCCGCGAUGAUGCGCGAGCGAGGCCAGUAUGAAGCUACCGUGCCUUCACAAGCCAUGUCCGCGGCACCACCGCAGCCGCAACAUCAGCAACAUCAGCAGCAGCACCACCAGCAACAGCAACAGCAACAGCAACAACACCAGCACCAGCAACAGUACAAGCCAAGCGACAUCCCCCCGCUGACCUACCUCACCCCCGGCGCCAUCUUCGUGCCCCUCCCGCCCGACCUCGCAGCCAACCCGCACCCCGCGCCGGCAGACCGCAUCGCGCGCCUGCGCGCCAUCCUGGCCCGCCUCGACGAGUACGCCGCGCAGGUGCGCUCCAACGCCGUGGCGCUCGUCCGCCGCGAGUGCUUCCGCGUGCUGAGCAACGCCCUCGCCGCUGAGCCGGAGCUCCCUGGGCAACUGCCCCAGUCCAAGGGGGAGGACGAUGAUGUCCUUUCUCCAACAGCAGUUGCGCAAGCAGCUGGCCCUGGUCCUGGUCACGGCCAUGGCCAUGGCCAUCCGCAGCACCAGAGGCACCCGCAGCACGCUGCUCCCGCUCCCGCUCCUGCUCCCAGCAGCAGCAGCGCGCUCUCGCCCGACGACUACAACGCCAUGAUCGCCAACAUGUCCGCCCCAAAGUCCGUCCUAACCGCCACCAUCGGCGACGCCAGCAUCGCCGCGGACCCCCCUCCGCGCCCCGACUUCACCAAGGUGCCCGUGCGUUCGCAGCGGGAAAUGGCCACCUACCAGAUCAUGGCGUCCGUCUCGCGGCUGCUCGAUGAGCUCACCAAGAUGGACAUGCACUUCGCCCAGACCAGGCGCGAGUACGAGGCCGCGCUCAAGCGGGAGAUGGAGGCCAACGAGGUCCGCUAG